CGUUCCUGCACAUCUGGAAGAGGGGCGGAGAAGGAGGGUGCCGGAUGCUUAGGCAAAGGCCUGGGGCAGCCCUGCCCAGCCGCCCCCAGGCAUAAAACCGCGGAAAGAGGAGAUGGCCCAGAGAAGCCCAAACUUCUCAACGCUUGGCCCAACCGAAAGGCGGAUCCGGAACUUCCCGCUGCACAGCCAAGCCCUGACAGCGGUUCCUCUGGGCUCAGCCCGCCUGGUGGACCAGCUGGAGGACAGGAUCCUCAGCCAUGAGAAGACCACAGCCGCACUGGUGGAGCACGCCUUCCGCAUCAAGGAGGACAUUGUCUCCACGCUGCACCGGAUGCAGAACAAGGGGGGCGGUGACCGGCUGGCCAGGCAGCUGCUGGAGGAGCACAUCCGCAACAUCACCGCCAUCGUCAGGCAGCUGAACCGGGACAUCGAGGUUCUGCAGGAGCAGAUACGUGUCAGGGAUAACCUGAGUUACGGAACCAGCUCGACCCUGAAGAACUUGGAGAUGCGGCAGCUGUCCGGCCUGGGGGACCUUCGGGGGCGAGUGUCCAGAUGUGACGCCGGGCUAGCCAGGGUGUCCGCGGAGCAUAAAGUCACCUACGAGAGACUUCAGAGCCUGAGUAAAGAGCAACAAGCAACAAAAUUGAUCCUGGAGUCUAAAAUCAAAGAAACAGAAAUACAAAUUUCUCAUCUUCUGAGCAGAAUUGAGCAAUCCGUGAUGCAACAAGAUGCUAAGCUCAAGCUGGCCUACAAAGAGAGCAACCAGCAGCUCCAUCUUCUGGAUGCCAAAUUACAGGAGGCCAUUGAUCACCUCACUAGCCAGAUCUCCUCUGCCCGCAGUGGGAUGGAGCAGGAGCAGGAGCGCUUUGAGAAGAAGUUUCUGGAGAAGAUAGACCACCUCUCUCUGGCCAUUAAGGAGAAAAGUGAAAUGGACAGCAGAGCCCUGGAAAUGCAGCUGAGUGAGAUCCAUGGGAAGCUGGAGAAAAUGGAAGCUGUGCAGAAAUUUGCAGCCCAGGAACAGGAGGCGAAGCAGGCCGAGGAUAAGAUGAGUGUCCAGCUCAGCAAACUUCAGACAGAUUUCACCGAGGACAUCAAAGAAGUCAAGGCAGAGGUUAGCGCUGGACUCUCCACCAUCUACGAGAGCAUAGGUUCCCUGCAGCAGGUCCUGGAAUCGAAAAUGAAGCUGGACAAGGAGGAGUUGCAGAAGCAGAUCGAGCAGAUGAAGUGAGCGGGCAGCAAAGCCCUGCGGAGCUUUGCCAGUCAGGAGGCGAGCAGGCCGCAGGGCAAAGCGUCUGCAUCCCUCUGUUCCAGGUUGGGAGGGAAACCCACCGUCUGGGCCAAGCGGCUGGUCCCCAUUCCCUGGAGCUGUGGGUCCUUUUACUGUAAAUAAGACACACCAGGUGUGGCCAGCGACACGUGUCCUUUGAAAGGGAGGCCCCGCGAGGACCACGGCUGUGCCGUUCUCCCUGCACUUCGGAAACUUGCUUCCUUGAACUGGGACAAAGCCUCGCCGUGCCAUCUGUUUCAAUGUGCCAAAAGAGCCAACGACCUGAGCUGGAAGACGGGUCAGUGAAGGAGGCACUAGAAUUCAAAUCACUCUGCCCAGAGCGGGACUGAGGCGGUUUGCAGUUGGUAAGUGGGUGCCAACCAAGGAGGGAAGGCGGCCAUCACCGGGAGAGCAUCCUCUGCGCCAGAUUUUUGCUGAGCAGCUGGUGGUCCCUGCACAUUUGAUUGCUCCUUUGGCUUCCACCAAUGUACCCACCCUGCGUAAAGGUCUCAGGACAAGUUCCAAGAACGGCCUGUAGCUUUUGCCCGCUUGUACUUCUGCACAGUCUGUGAAUCCAUUCUUGCUCUGGACCUCUCUCUGCCCAUUUUCUCCCCACUUUUGACUUUCCCGAACGCCUGCUCUUCGGGGCUGCUCCUGUUCUAGCCCGCGUGCCCUUGAAGGCCUCUUGCCCUCUGUCCCUCGGCUGCUGCUCCUGCACCCCUUUCCUCUGGCUCCGGAACUCUUGGCCCCCUGCAGCUCUCUCGCCAGCCCUGCCCACAUCAUCCUAUUCGCCCGCCACCCCUUCAGUGGGCACCUUAGCCAAUCACUGCCAAAGCACUCCCGCUACACCCAGGGCCCAGCUCAGUGGCCACAGGAUGCUGGUGUCUCCCCAAACGAGGACCAGAUGGCUGCAGAUGGUAGCCAAGGCCUCACUUUGUGCCCGCCAUCCUUGCUAGUCACAAACCUGGCCCCAUGUAAGGCAGCAUCCGAGGUUCACAGCAGAAUGCCCCAGAGCGGGACCUGGAGGAUGGCAGCAGCUUUUCCGGUCCCGUGCCCUCCUUGUCUCCUGUCGCACCCUCUGCAGCCAGGCCCCCAUCCCAGAAGGGUCGCCUGCCCUCCAUCUCCAAGGAUCCACCCAGCCACAGGUACUGUCGCCCUUUCUAAACAGCAUAAGAUGCAUGCUGGAGAAACUGGAGCUGUGCUGUGGUUGAAAUCCCCCAGACUCCAACCCAACCUUGUGGGCCUUUGGGGGUCCAACUGACUAGGCACCAGGAAGGGAAAGCAAAUCAAGGGUUUUUCCCUCCGAAUGCCGUGGGGCUUGGACUGUGCCCCCAGGAGCCUUGUCCGGGGGGAGUUUCUACAGGAACUGGUUUGUUCUGCCUUCACCUGGAGCUGAGAUGAUUUUGUACAGAUGUUCAAACAAGCUGGUAUUUUCACAAAAACCACACUCCUGACUUUAUUACACCUCUUCCUCGGUUUGUGUUUUGUUAAGGUUCUGGUUUUGUAACGUCUCGUGGUGGAGAAUCUUACAAUGUUUUCCUCAGAAUGUUAACCUCAUACAGAUAUGAGCUAAGCUGGUAAAAUGUAGAAUAUCGUAAUAGAAGGUCUUUGCACCAAAAGCACGUCCAUUCCAUGACAGUCCAGCCCCCUCCCCUGGAUGUUCAGCUGGGGGGGCCGUGGAAGAAUUGGGUUUUCAGCCCUUUCCCUACAAGCGAACUGUACAGAUUGGAUUCCGUCUGUUUCCUGUAUUAUAACUGUUUUUCCCGUACUGCCCCUCCUUGGGCAGCGAGCCCAAAUCAGAGAGGCCCACCAGGCCUGGGGCACUGUUACGACGUUACUUCUUACAGUCACGCUUUAAAGAACUUCAAACAUGCUGGUUUAAUUAAAUCUCGUGUGUUUGCAAAUCUCCCUCUCCCCAGUCUGUUUGGCAAAUCCAGAGGUUCCACCGCAGCAGAAUCCUGACAGAUGUGGGGAUCGACUGAACCGACUCUGGUGGGCUGGCUCAAAGCCACCCUCCAUCUUUCCAUCGACACUCGGUUGACUCUCCUAAUCCCAGAGACCUUAUGGUGGACCAAGGAAUUUGCAGGGAACGAAUGGACCCGCACCUCCACCGUGCGCCGCGCCGUGAUUGCAGGUGGUGGGGGCUGGAGCCACCCUUCCAAGGGCCCUGGCUCCGCUUUCCACGACUGUAAACCUGUGCAAAGCCAGUGGCGCACCCUGAGCGGAGGAAAGUUGCUUAGGUUCGGUUCUGUCUCCUCUCAUUGCGGAGACGUGGCAGCCCCGGCGUGUGCCCUAGCAUCCCACCUCCUUGCGCGUGGACGAUGUGACCAGUGCUCCCUCCUUGCAACCGAAGAUGGAUCAGGCAGAAUGUCCCAACUGCCCCCACAUAGCCAGCCAGCCACAUCUGACGUUGGCAGGGCUUUGCUCGCUGCCGCCAGUCCUGAAUCAGCUGGAGCCCACAGCCUGGCCAGCAAAUCUCUUGUUAAGGGGGGAAAUGUGCAUCUGUGAACGGAAAGUCUCUUUCUC